AUGUCAAAAAACAGGCUGAAGAAUGGAUUCGUAGUCAAGUUCGGCAAUAACAGCGAAGCUUUAAUUCGAAAAAUUUCGGUUGACAGUUACAAACUAGGUGGAUUUAUGUUGACAUAUUAUUACGAGUAUAAUCAAGAUCAAUAUCGACAAAGCAAUGCUCCUUUUAAAUGUAUAGAAGAAGGUUAUCAUCCCGAUCCGCAUGACUGCAGAGUUUACUAUAGAUGUGUAGAUUGGGGCAACGGCAGUCCGCUGACGACCUUCAAAUUUGAAUGCGGAGUAGGCACAGUGUUCUCGAAGGAUAAGGGAGAUAUUUGUACGCAUCCAGAAGAUAGUGGUCGACCUGAAUGUGGCAACUCCGAGAAUGAACUCGAUUCAAAUGUACAAGAUCCUCCUCCUACAUGGGCAACAACAAUACGAACAACUAUGUGGUCACAAUCAACUAUGAUACAGUCCCCAAUAACUAAACCAUCUACAAUCACAACUGAAGUUGCGACAACAAUAAAAAAACCGGAAACAACAAUACUACCAUCACUAACAAAUCGACCACCUACAGACGAACCGGAGAAUAACGUUAUUAAUUGUCAAAAUGAAUAUCAAAAAUGUACACAAGAAGGAUUUUUAGCCGAUACUUGUAAUUGCAAAAAAUUCUACAGAUGCGUAAAUGAAGGUUAUGGAAGGUUUACAAAAUAUGAGUUUAAGUGUGGCGAGGAAACUGUUUGGGAUCCAGAAAUUCAAGCAUGUAAUCACGCUUGGGCUGUUACAAGGAAAGACUGUAGGCAAAACUUGGAAAGUGGGAAUAAUAAUGGACAAUGGAAUGGUGAUACUGGUCCAGGACAACCUGGAGAUCCAAAUAGUCAACCAGGACAACCUGGAGAUCCAAAUGGCCAACCAGGACAACCUGGAGAUCCAAAUGGUCAACCAGGACAACCUGGAGAUCCAAAUGGUCAACCAGGAUCACCGGGUAGCCCAGGCUCUCCGGGAUACCCAGGGACACCAGGUUCUCCAGGCUCGCCGGGAUAUCCGGGGACACCAGGUUCUCCAGGCUCUUCAGGUUCACCGGGUAGUCCAGGCUCUCCGGGAUAUCCAGGAACACCGGAUUCUCCAGGCUCUCCGGGAUAUCCGGGGACACCAGGUUCUCCAGGCUCUCCGGGUAGUCCAGGCACUCCAGGAUACCCAGGAACAUCGGGUUCUUCAGGCUCUCCGGGAUAUCCGGGGACACCGGGUUCUCCAGGCAUUUCAGGUUCGCCGGAUAGACCAGGCUCUCCGGGAUAUCCGGGAACAUCACCGGGUUCUCCAGGUACUCCGGGUUCUCCGGAUAGUCCAGGUUCUCCGGGAUAUCCGGGGACAUCGGGUUCUUCAGGCUCUCCGGGAUACCCAGGAUCACCGGGUUCUCCAGGCUUUCCAGGAUAUCCGGGAACAUCACCAGGUUCUCCAGGCACUCCGGGUUCUCCGGGUAGUCCAGGUUUUCCGGGAUACCCAGGAACACCGGGUUCUCCAGGCACUCCAGGUUCGCCGGGUAGUCCAGCCUCUCCGGGAUACCCAGGAACACCGGGUUCUCCAGGAACUCCAGGUUCUCCGGGUAGUCCAGGCUCUCCGGGAUACCCGGGGACACCGGGUUCUCCAAGUUCGCCAGGAUAUCCAGGGACACCGGGUUCUCCAGGCACUCCAGGUUCGCCAGGUAGUCCAGGCUCUCCGGGAUAUCCGGGGACACCAGGUUCUCCAGGCUCUCCGGGAUAUCCGGGGGCACCGGGAACACCGGGUUCUCCAGGAACUCCAGGUUCUCCGGGUAGUCCAGGCUCUCCGGGAUACCCGGGGACACCGGGUUCUCCAGGCUCUCCAAACAUUCCUGGAUCUCCUGAAAAUUCAGAUUCACCGAAUUCAUCUGUUAAUCAACCAUCAACAGGUAUUUGUACAGUAGAAGGCUUUUUCUCUGAUCCACAAGAUUGUCACAAGUUUUAUCGAUGUGUCGAUAACGGCAUGUCCUCUUUUAUAAAAUACGACUUUCAAUGUGGUGCUGAAACUGUUUGGGAUUCGUCCAUUCAGAGUUGCAAUUAUGCUUAUGCUGUACCGCAUUGCAAUCAGGCAAAUGGUGCAAUUACAGAUAAACCUGACACAUCGCUAAAUGAAAUAAAUAGUACAAUUGGAUCAGAUACAAGCAAAUUACCAUCGCAAUCUUCUGAAAGCUCAACUUUCUUACCGACCUCUUCAAAACCAGAGAUACAAUCUUCGGCUCAACCUGAUAGCACUACCGAUAAUCCCAUUGCACCAUCUCAGACGACGUCAACUUCUUAUUUACCACCUAGUAGUACAUACUCGUCGACAAAAGUUACCGAAUCUGUUUCUUAUGUUCCUCCUGCAUCACAAACGACUACAUCUGUAUCUUAUUUGCCACCCUCGACUACCAGCGAAAUAUCUGAAUCUACACCCGAAUCUAUUUCAUAUUUGCCACCUGAUAUUAGUACAACUACUUUGCCAAGUUCCGCUUCGUCAGCUGCAUCUUCAUCUCAGAAUGAAAAAUACAAAUGCACUAAAGAAGGUUUCUUUCCGGAUCCUGAUAAGUGCGAAAAAUUCUAUCGUUGCGUUCAAGACCAAUCCGGAUAUCAAAAAUACGAAUUUAAGUGCAGUCCUGGCACAGCAUGGGAUCAAUUAAUACAAACGUGUAAUUAUAUUGCUAAAGUAGCUUCAUGUUCAUCAGGUAGCAAUGAAAUCGAUCAAGGCCUUGAUUCCAGUACUCCUCCAUCUGAACUCCCUGCCAUGAGUAGUUCCACAACUGUUUCUAAUCAAACAAUUACGACUACAUCUCCAAUUCCAAUUUCUACCGAUAGCACUACAACUGCCAGUACUCCAAAUGAAACAUCAGACAAAACAGAAUCAUCAUCGACAACAAGUACUAUCACAACCGUUAGUAGUGAAAAUUCCGCUUCAGAAAAACCAGAAGAGAUUCAAAUGCCUGGUUCUAGUACAGAAAGUUCAUCCGAAUCCUCAUCUGAAACUACUUCUGAAUCAAAUGAAGGAUCAUCUUCAUCUACAUCAGAGUCACAUGCACCAGAUUGUGCGAUACAAAAGCCGAGCGACGCAAUAGUAUGCAAUAACGAAGGAUUUUAUCCGCAUCCAACUAAGUGCAAUGAAUUCUAUCGCUGCGUCAAUAAUAGUAAUGGUUUCAAUGUAUAUCAUUUUAACUGCCCACUAGGCACUAUUUUUGAUUCUAGCAUCAAUGUAUGUAAUUAUCCUAAAUCUGUUUAUCCUGCAAAAGAUUGUACGACUGGAAAUACUUCAAGCAAUGUAGAAUCGACAACUCAAUCCGGAACACCUGAACAAUCGACAUCAGAGGGAACUACUACUGUAGCUGCACAGAGCGUAACUCAGCAAACAGAAGAAAGUACAACUACAACGACUGAGCUUAGUAUGUCUACUUCAGAAGAAAGCGCUCCUACUUCUACAGAAUCAAUGACAUCAAAUAUACCGGAGAGUAGCGAAAGUAUGAUAGAGUCUACGACUGAAUCCACUAUUGCCACUACAGAAACCCCUAUCGAUUCUAACACUUCUGAACAAAGUAGCAAGGCUACAACAACUGAAGCUGCUGCUUCCACAGAAUCCGGAACGUCUACGACCGAGUCUCAAGAACAGUCUACGGAAUCCCAAGAACAAUCGACAACCGAAGAAUCGCAGGAACAAUCAACAACAGAGUCAAAAGAACCAUCUACUACAGAAACUCAAGAACAAUCAACGACCGAAUUACAGGAACAAUCCACGACAGAAUCUCAAGAACAAACAACGACUGAAUCAUCAGAAUCGACAACAGCAGAACAAGGAGCACCUUGUUCUGUAGGCAAUUUAACUGACGAUCAAAUAAUUCUAGUUUGUCCCACUGGCUUCCGAAGGCAUCCGAAACAUUGUAAUCUAUUCUAUCAAUGUUCUUCCGAAGACAACAUGGAAAUAAAGAUUCUCGUAUUGAGUUGUCCCGAAAAUACCAUUUUUGAUGAGAAAAAGAUUCAAUGUGUACCCGAAAGUGAAAGCAGUCAGCCAUGCAUGGGAACCAAGACAAGCGCCAGAUUUUAUAGAAGAUUAGAAGAUCAUGCUUUAUCACCUGUAAAAGUAUCGUCAAAUCAACUUUGUCCGCAAGAAGGACAUUUUCCUUAUCAACAAGGUUGCAGCAAUACUUUUUACAAGUGUAAACGCGAUGUCCGAAACAGUUUACAGGGAUACCUCUAUAAAUGUCCCGAAAACUUUGUUUAUUGGUCGGUCUCCAGAAGAUGCGAACGUGUGACACGUCUCCCAAUGUGUUCGCAUUUGUCGUACAGAGACAAAAUUGACUGGAAUGAUCGAUGGCAAAUACCGAUCGAAGCUUUUAAUCUUUCCGCCAGAAAGUUCUCUUGA